UGCUUCAUGCUUGUUUUCUCCACACAAAACUAAGUUUUUAGUUAAUUUCCAAUUAUAAAAUACAUUAAUUGAAGGUACAGAAGCUCAUGGACAGUUCAAUAUUUAAAUAGGUAUAUUUAAAUCAAACAUAACAAAGCCGCUUGGUGGCCAUUCUGUUAUAUUACGGCAAAGAAACAUUAAACAUUAUCAGUGAUGUCGAUGCCACACAGCAGUUCGAGUACCAGUUCAGGCACGAAACGUAAAGAAAUAUACAAAUACCAAGCGCCAUGGCCAUUAUACUCAAUGAAUUGGUCUGUCAGACCUGACAAGAGAUUCAGGUUAGCCCUGGGCAGUUUUGUUGAGGAAUACAACAACAAAGUACAAAUAAUUUCCCUUGAUGAAGACACAAGUGAGUUCACUGCAAAAAGUACCUUUGAUCACCCAUACCCAACCACCAAGAUCAUGUGGAUACCUGAUAGCAAGGGGGUGUAUCCAGACUUGUUGGCAACUAGCGGUGAUUAUCUACGCAUAUGGCGUGCCGGAGAGCCGUACACAUUAUUCGAAUGUGUCCUAAAUAAUAAUAAGAAUUCUGACUUCUGUGCUCCUCUUACAUCCUUUGAUUGGAACGAAGUGGAUCCUAACCUCAUUGGCACCAGUAGUAUUGACACGACCUGCACCAUCUGGGGCUUGGAGACUGGACAGGUCUUGGGCAGGGUCAAUGAAGUGUCUGGGCACGUGAAGACUCAGUUGAUCGCUCAUGAUAAGGAAGUGUACGACAUAGCGUUCAGUAGGGCCGGCGGGGGGCGAGAUAUGUUCGCUUCCGUGGGCGCCGACGGAUCCGUCCGGAUGUUCGACCUCAGGCAUCUAGAACAUUCCACCAUCAUUUAUGAGGACCCCCAACACACCCCGCUGCUCCGCCUGGCCUGGAACAAGCAGGACCCGAACUACCUGGCCACCAUCGCCAUGGACGCGUGCGAGGUGAUCAUACUGGACGUGCGCGUGCCCUGCACCCCGGUGGCCAGGCUCAACAACCACAGGGCGUGCGUCAACGGCAUCGCCUGGGCGCCGCACAGUUCUUGUCACAUCUGCACCGCCGGAGACGACCACCAGGCUCUGAUCUGGGACAUACAGCAGAUGCCGCGCGCCAUAGAAGACCCGAUCCUCGCCUACACCGCCGCCGAGGGAGAGGUCAACCAGAUCCAGUGGGGCGCCACACAACCCGACUGGAUCGCCAUCUGCUACAACCGGCACGCCGAGAUACUGCGCGUCUGAAUAUAUCCUGAUUGUACAAUCCGGUGUGCGGUCGUGUGGACUGUAACCCCUGAAGCCGGCGUGUAGUUUGACGGUAGGACGACAGUCGGUUAAACAAUAUACAUAUAGUCCUUAGAAUCGGACGGUCGCAACAGAUGAUCCUUCGAGCUUGAUUGUUGGAACGGGUAUUUUAGUUGCAACAUUUCAAUUAUUUUAUAACUAAGAAUUCUAGAAAUAGUUCCUGUUUUUAUUCAACUUUAAUUAAUUGUGCUCCUUGUGCGUUUUAAGGUUGAGAGAAAUUUAGCAAUUAAAUAAAAAUUAAAACUAAUUUAAAUAGCACACUGAAUCAAUCAAGCAUUUUGCAAAUUUUAGUUUUGUUAUAAUACACUGUUAUAGAGCAGUUGGUUAAUUAGUGAACGUUGACAAACUUGUAUGAUUUAAAUUGAAUGAAUGAUAUUAUAAUAAUUUCAAAUUUUCCACAAACAUUUCUCGACCAGUCUCCCUAACUCGAAGGUGCAUUCUUUACACUAAUCUAUUAUUUAUGAAUGGUAAUAAAAGUAAACGUCUCGUGCUCGCGGCUGACAAUCUCGUUAAUCGCCAAGAUAAUGUUGAGCUUGAUACU